AUGCGGCAUCAUUCUUCCAACCCCAAGCUGCACUACUUCUUCCAACCCCAGCCGGCACCUUCCCUUUCCAACCCAGCCGGCACUAAUCUCUUCCAACCCAGCCGCACUACUCCCCUUCCAACCCAGCCGCACUACUCUUCCAACCCCUGCUGGCACUUCACCCUUCCAACCCCAAGCCGGCACUACCCUUCCAACCCAGCUGGCACUACCCCUUCCAACCCCAAGCGGCACUACUCCUUCCAACCCCAUUCUGCGUCCAUUCUUCCAACCCCAAGCUGGCAUUACUCCUUCCAACCCAGCCGGCACUACUCCCCUUCCAACCCAGCCGGCACUCACUCUUCCAACCCCUGCUGGCACUACUCCUUCCAACCCAAGCUGUGCAUUACUCCCCUUCCAACCCCAAGCCGGCACCAUCCCCUUCCAACCCCAAGCUGGCACUACCCCUUCCAACCCCAAGCGGCACUCUACUCCCCUUCCAACCCCAAGCGGCACUACUCCCCCUUCCAACCCCAAGCCGGCAAUCAUCCCUUCCAACCCCAGGGCUACCACUCUUCCAACCCCAAGCCGGCACUAUCCCUUCCAACCCCAAGCCGCACAUUCUUCCAACCCCCAAGCCGCACUCAUCCUUCCAACCCCAAGCCGGUACCAUUCUUCCAACCCUAA